AUGUAUUGGAAAUCGCACAUCCUCAUUUCUUUCCAUUUGCUCCCGGGCCCAGAGCGCAAUGGGAUAGAAGGUCUUCUUAUCCCUGAGCACCGCACAUGGCUUAAUACCUCUCACCCUGUUUCGGAACGCACCCAACUCCCAAGCGACUGGAUUUCGGUUCCGUUGGCUCACAGUGAAGAUGGAUUGAUAUCUGUAUCAACAGGCCCUACAACUUGUACUUCUGUCAGCUUUCAGUUAUGUCGCAGCAUCACGCACAUUGCCGACGAGCAUGGCGACGACGACCAGCCUUUGCAUCUGUUACUCAUCCUAUCGAGCUCUCAUGACAAGGUGGUCAAUCCGUGGUGCCUCGAAACGAACCAUGUUGACGAUGCGUCAGUCGGCAGAUGCUCAGUGAGCUUGCUUCAGACGAGGAACCUCGGUGGAUUGAAUUGCUCGGAAAGGAGGGCAAAGGUUAUCAGCGCAUUGUAUACAGCUUUCGCCAUGCUCGGACUGGCUGGUAUCUGGUCUCUCCUUCGAAUGCUCCCCAAGAAACCAAAGACACCUCUCAAGUUCUCUACAUUCGGUACAGAAUCCACUUCACCCACUGUUCCUCGCUACAUCGCCAGCGGGACCUCGGAUAAAAUGAUUGGGAAACACAGCACUGGCAUGCAGAAUUCUGGAUAUCCUGUGGAAUCGUGGUCACUUUCUGAUCUGCAGGGCAUGUUCAAGCGUCCUGGCCUGCUUCGAAAAGCACUUCGCAAAGCAGACCGAGAGCCACCGGAUGCAAGUGAAUGGGCCAUGCUGCUGCCGAGGGCUGCAAAUGCCACCGUACGAGGGAGGUCAAGGGUCUUGGGUUCCCAACGUGCUCGCAACCGACUUCACACCAACUUUGAUGUGUUCAAGGAGCAGUUCAAGGGGCAGUUCACGGAUAGUUUGGUUUAA